AUGGAGAAAGUCACUGAUAUCUCAACGUCCUUGGCCGCGGAUGUUUCGGACGGCUGGCUACAGCAAACCGAUCCGCCUGAAGAACGUGUUGACCUCAUGAUUGAUCCGAACAGCAAGCGAUGGACGAAAGUACACCGGUACUUCACCAAGGUCUUGGAGUCAGAUAUGGCUAUCGAAGAUGUCAUAAGGAGAUCCUUCACCCAUCACCAGUACCGCAUGAUGGCGCCCACUGAACGAACCGACGUCAAGGAGAUGCAGGCCGCUAAUACGAAGAGAUACAACGCACUACUUGCUGGUCGCUUCAAAGGCAUCGAAGACUCGCUGGCGACAAGGCUUACUGCCAUGUACUUUGGCCUACCCGCAGCCCCUGUCGAUAACCCUCUUGAAGAAAUUGCCAUGAUGCUGGGGCUCGAUGAAAAAGAGGUUCCCAGGUAUAACUUCAGGCCACCACUGCAUUUUCUUACGGCACAUGAUCGUCGCAACUGGGGAAAGGAGACUCUGAAGUCUGAGGAAGCCACAAUCGACGCCCUACCACUCCCCAGGGCCAUGGAACCAACCCUGAGCCUUCGUGGAGGAGGAGACGACGAUGAUCUCAUAGGCUGGACCGACGAUUACACCCAGGAAUAUGAGACAACUGCACUGUUCACAGACGGAUGGACUUAUUUACACGGCAUCUACGGUCGCUUGCCCUUUGUUCCCCGAAAGUGGCGGUCAUUCUCCAAAGUUCUACGCCAGCUGCUGCAAGUUAAGGACUACGAAUAUCAAGAUUUCUCUCUUUUGUGGUAUGACCGGAAGCUCGGGAAGCCAAAAGUCAUUCAUGAUCAACUACCUCUGACCAAGGAAAGUCCUGCCAUGACUUUUCUUGACGAGCACUUUGCCGACAGCACGAGGUCUCACAAGGAUUGCUGCGCCCUCUUCAUCGAUAACAUACACACCGACAUCAACAAAGGUCCGCAGCACUGGGAGCCUAUCGACGGCCAACUUCAAUCAGACACAAUCAAGAUUGGACGCUCUCUUGGUAAUGCUCCGAAUGGGCCCGAGGAUGAAGUGAUUAGCUACGCUUACUUGGCGUUCCCCAAGACCAAGGUAGAUACCUUUAAGAUUGGUAAAUACGGGUCUAAUCAGUACAACGCUCACUUCUGCAAAACGUUGAACGUCCUUUUCGGAGCCCCUGAGAGUUCGGCACAUCAUCAUGCCUUGUUUCGACUCGUUGACAAGAAAAAGAACAAGACAAAUUGGGCUGUCCCUAUUGUCUACGGCGCCAUGGGACUUCCCCAAUGGGCGUGGGAAUUGCUGCACCCAGUCAACAACCCCGGUGCUGACUGGAUGGUUGAAUGUUGCUGGCUCAAUCCUGGUUUGGAAGCUGUUCUCUUGUCCAACUACUACCCGAAACCCAACCCGUACCUUAUCACACGGAAUUCGCGUAACGGUGCGGAGCGAUUCAAUCAGGCAUACCGUCAAAUUUGCGAGAUGACUACUGAGGCUUUUGAUGCAUCUGUCUGUCGGAAGAUUGACUCGGUCUUCUUGAUCGAAGGUCACAAACCAAAAACCGCCGGCGAGCUUGUCAUUGACGGCUUUCAGGUUAGGCCUCGGCGCGAUUUGAAAUCGUGGAAGCUGGGUAUCCCAGGAACCCCUAAUGAUGAUACCCCAAGAGACCUUGGCAAGAAACUGGGAGAAUCUCCGAACUUCUACAGAACUGUCCAUGUGAAUUGGCGUCCUGGACACUGUCGUUUAUUCCCGGGUUGGUACAGUGGGGGAGAUUUCUCUGUCGAGAUGCCUCGUCUGUCAUCGACAGUAGUGGAGUUUCUUGAAGCCAUGGGCGAACUGUUCAAAUUGGUGGGGCCUCCGAACCUCAACGGUACAGGCCCUGAAGACAGUUGCUUCUUGUUGACGGAGGCGCCUUCGUUUGACGGUCUUCAGGUCCAAGACAUGGACUCGCCAUCUUACUACAUUGGAGUUGGUGCGACAGACGAUGAUUGGCAUGACAUCAGAAAGUCAAUCACAUCUCCUUUCGUAUCAGUCUCCAUUGUGAAGAAGCCAAAGAAUACCAGCUGGUCUACCUCCAUAAGCAAGCAUAACCUCUGGGGCUUGAGACUCGAUAAAGAGGCUCUGAGGCAAAAUGAAAUGAAUGGAGGUGGAUCCAGACGAGAUGCCCUCCAGCUCUAUGAUCUGGAUGGCGAGUCCGUCGACAUACUUCAUGGGUACCCUGCGGAUCCGGUGCCACUCGAGCCAAUCGACCCGAACAACAACGUUUCAGUUACGACGAACGGCAAACCCUGGACCCCAACGUCGAGGCGUCGCCCAGACGCUUUCGUACCACCUCGUCUGCUCAAAAUCAGGAGCAAGUCAGUUGGCGGUGCAGAGGGUCUUCAUUUACCUUCCACUCUAGUAAUCGGAGGUGCAUCUACUCCAGAUGGCGAGCCGGAGAGUGACAUUGGUAUCCUGGCAACUAGCCGGCCUAAAUUCCGUGGCUUUCCACCUCCACCCUCCGAAGAUGAAGAUGACGGUGAUCUUGCAGGUGGCCUAGCUGAAGAUGACCACCGGCGAUAUUCUAUGUAUGGAGAUUUGCUUAGCGACAGUGGCGAAGAAGACGGUGGCGGGAGUAGGAAUAAGGAUGCCGACGGGGAUGAAGCAAUGGAGGAUACCAGUCUUCCAAGUGUUCCUCAAGCAGAUGUCAUUGGCGGAGGUGAGGCUAACGACGAUGAUGAGGACGAAACACCGAAACUGUUUGGUCUUCAAAAAAUUCCUGAAGAGAAAGAGCCCGAGGACAAUCCUGAAGACAGGCCUGAGCAGACUGUUCCCCCGCCAUCUGUCACUACUUCUAAGCCGCUCUUUCAAGCUAGCAACACCGUUGGGGCUGAUGAUCGAGCACACACAUGGGCCACACAACCCAGCAUCUUCACCAAUGAAGACCAACGAGCUUGGCCAGCAGAUGCUGAAAUCGGGUUGCCAAUUACCGCAGCGCCCGUUGAGAAGAUUCAUCGCCUUUCCGGUAACGUCCCUAUGUAUUCCAAGGCUAUCUUGACACCCACUGAGCAAGCCGAACUCCAACAUGGCUUUGGCGAUCUGCGCAACAUUCUUUUGAAGCGUACAAACAUGUGCCCCUUUCAGGGCUGCAGAUUCACUUGGCGACUGGAUCAGAAUGAAGAGCUUAACAUUCAUGUCUUCACUGCCCAUGCCAAGCGGAAGUGUCCCUUCUGCGAUGAUGCUCUGUUCGGCUGGUGGGAUAAGAACCAGCAGAUCAAGCACCUGGGAGACAAGCAUCCAGACGAGGUCAAGAAGAUGAAGGUUCAUGGUGUCCAGAAAGGCAACAUCUCAGUGCCAGUAACGGUCAAUGCUCCCGCCAAUCUCAUCGGAGAAGCGUUCGCGGAAGAGAUAAGGUCGUGGGGCCCCCAGUACAAACUCAAGGCGCCGCCGCGCCUUCUCACAUACCCUCUUCUUGCCUGGUAUGACAAUUUUGGGACCACUGCUGUCAAAGAUCCUCCAAAGAAAUGCCCAAUUCCGAGCUGCUCUGUUCCCCAUCUUGAGCACCUUAGCUCCCAUGGCGUGUGGACACAUUUCAAGAACUAUCACACCGACUUGGAGAUGGAUGCUUGUCCAUUUUGCAACCUGAGCUUCUACGUGUAUGGUGAGAAGGACAAGGAUGGCGUUCGAACCGUCAUACCACGCAGCAUCGAUGAGUGUAUCAUGCACCUGGACUGUCACGUUUACCAGCUCUGGGAUCUCCUGGAGCCUGUUGUAGACCAACCAACCAAGGUUAACAUGCCGAGUCAAGGGAAUAAGGACUUCCAAACCAUCAGCGCGGAGAAACUGGAGAGUAUGAGAGCGGAAGUGGUGUCGAAAACCGUUGCAGCCGCUCUAGCUCGUACUGGUGCUGCUACCCAGAGCGUCGCUGAUCAAUCCCCACCUCCUCAAGUCAGUUACGGACAUGUAACUGAUGCCUCACAAAUUCUCAGGAAGUGCGUCUAUUUUGAGAAGUGCGGGGCCUAUGUCGGAUCCAUGACUGAGAAGCAGUAUCGUCGACACGUGCGCGUUAACCAUCCCAAGGAGAUUUCCACGCUUUCUUCUUCAUCAGAAGAUGAGACUGAUGGAGAAGAUCAAGCGAGCACCGAUGAUGGUUCAGAGGAUCGUGGCGAUGACAAGCCAAACGAUGGUGAUGAUGGAAGAGAUGGUGCUGGUAAGACAGCCGCUCUCAAGUUUGGUCGCCUAAAGCCCACCUCCAAGCCCGCUCAAGCGUCUACUCCUUCAAAGCCUAAGGAAAAGGCCGUCCUCGGCAAGCCUCCAUCUCCUCCAGACCCAGAUGAGAUGGAUAUCUCAACUGAUGACAAUGUCGUCGAAACCGAGUCUAGUAGAUCUGAGGAGUCUGCAGUGAUGAUAUCUGAGAAGACACCGACGACCAAAAUAACGACCCCUCAGACUCCUCCACCGGAUGGUGAUUCGGAUACCAACGAGGAGAGUGGUUCCAGCGUCUCGCGUGGCAGACGAUCUGUAAAGGCACUCAAGUCUAAGCGUAAAGCGCCGACUAAGAGAGCUGAACCGGAUGUUGAUGAGGACAACACCGAAGAUAACGGUGAGAAAGAGAUUGAUGAUUUUGAUGAGGAUGGCGAAGCCGAUGGCAGCGGGUCCAAGAGCUCCCACACCGAAGGCCGAGGUCGAUCUGCCAAAAAGGCCGGCAAACGUCGACCCAGGGGUGAUGACGAUGGAGAUUAUGAGGACGAAGGUGACCAGGAUGAUGAUGACUUUGUGAUGGCGGGAAACAAUGGGCGACGCUACCGUCGUCGAGCACCGUCCCCUGACUGGAUUAAGGUGCUUGGCCCUGAGGACCCCAACUUUGAUCCAGAAGAUAAGAUGUACUGUUCAAAGUGUCUCCGAAAGGCGCCUCUGAGACGGGCUAAGAGUCCAAACCGGUCACCUAUCGGUCGCGCGGACAAGACUAAAUGCUGUCGCAUCCGUAACGGCUUGGGCUCGGCAACGGGUCUCCCGAACCGCAGUGGUUGGAUUCCAGCCAACAAGCUCCCUGGAACACUCACCUCCCUCAAGGAGGACUUCCUCAACCGCUACCCAAGCUACAUGCGCACCAUGUAUCCCACGUCCUCAAGGGACCACCAUGCUUCCGUCUGGCGUUCUGAUCCCAACAACCCAGAAAACGAUGCAUGGUUUGACGUCCCCUGGCCACCGUACGAGGGCCUACCACCCUUCCCAGGCGACUGGAUAGCACCUGGUCUCCCCUGGGACGACACCCCAGAAGGUCGCCAGCGACGUGCCAUGUACAUCGGCAACCGAGUCGUCGAUGAGAAUUAUCAGUACCAGAGCGAAACUGACUCCGAUGAUGACCUGAAGCCAGAUGUCAAUGACAUCCCAGAUUUCCAGGCCGAUUUGAACCCAUUGAAGAGACCUGCCGAAGAUGAAGAAGAGACCUCCGAUGAACCAGCGCCGAAGAAAGCCAAGAAGAGUAAGACUGCAGCGACCAAGACGCCGAAAGCAACGGGAACUAAGAAGACCCCUGCCCCUAAGAAAGCAGCAGCGCCUUCAAAGACUCCUGCCAAGACACGGUCUAAGGCACCGUCAAAGGCAGCGUCGAAAGCCCCCUCAAAGACGCCCUCCAAGGCCGCAUCAAAGACGCCGUCUAAGGCACCGUCUAAAACGCCUUCAAAGGCUCCUUCAAAGGCACCAUCUAAGGCGUCGUCUAAGGGACCGUCUAAGACACCUUCAAGAGCGUCAAGUAGAAAGACUACUCCGUCGAAAACCCCAUCUACACCUUCCACCCGACCUCCUUCCGAAGCUGGAGAUGAGUGA